UAUAUUACAGUAAAAUGGCAUUCCUUAUUUGGGUAUUGUUAGCUGUGAUACUCCUGCUAUAUUUUCGGCAAGUGUACUCCAAGUUCGCAAAGGCCGGAGUCAAUCACUUGCCUGUGAUCCCACUGCUGGGCAAUAGUGGGCACACGCUGCUAAGAUUAGACAAUAUUAUAAACCGUAUCACACUAGCAUAUAAGAGUUUCCCAGAGGAUUAUUUCAUUGGAUUCUAUGAACUUAUGAAUCCUUUAAUAAUAGUGAAAGAUGUAAAGGUGGUGAAACAGAUCGCUGUCAAAGAUUUUGAAUACUUUGUGGACAGACGCGGCUUCGGCAAAGAGUUUGCGGAUCCAUUGUUUGGCAGAAAUUUGUUAUUUUUGAAAGGUGAAGAAUGGAAAGCUAUGCGCUCAACUUUGAGCCCCGCGUUCACGAGUACCAAGAUACGAUUGAUGGUUCCUUUGAUGGUGGAAGUUGGUGACCACAUGAUAAGGACAUUGAAGAAGAAAAUUGAUGAGUCCGGUGUAAAUUACGUAGAUAUCGAAUGUAAGGACUUGGGCACGCGGUACGCCAAUGACGUCAUAGCAUCGUGUGCGUUCGGUCUCCGAGUGACUUCACUGGAGGAAGGCAACCAGUUCUACGAAUACUGCAAGGCUAUGACGACUAUUAGCUUCGUUGGUAUGCUGAAGAUCCUUGGCUACAGAACGUGUCCUAAGAUUUUGAAGAUGUUCAACGUAAAUUUGUCUUCAAAAGCCCUGUCAUCGUUCUUUAGCGACUUGGUGCUGGGCACGAUGCGGCAGCGCGAGGAGCAACACGUGCUCAGGAAUGAUAUGAUACAGCUGCUCAUGGAGGCUAAGAAAGGAACGCUGUCCCACGACAGCAAAGUGGUGAAGGACGCAGACGCCGGCUUCGCGACCGUCGAGGAAUCUGCCGUCGGCAAGAAUAAAGUGGCUAGAGAGUGGAGUGACGUGGAUUUAGUGGCACAGGCAGUGCUGUUCCUGAUCGCCGGCUUUGAGACCGUGUCAACUGUAAUUGCCUUCACAUUGUACGAGCUCGCGCUGCACCCGGACGUGCAGGAGAGACUGGUGCAGGAAAUAAAGGAGAACGUUAUGCAAGACAAGGACAAUACCAUUGACUACAACGCUAUACAGCGAAUGAAGUACUUGGACAUGGUGGUCUCAGAAGUGCUACGUCUGUGGCCGCCGGCGCCUGUAGCCGAUCGUAAAGCUGCCAGAGACUACAACUUAGGCAGACCUAACAGUACUGCACAAGAAGACUAUAUUAUCCGAAAAGGGGAAACAGUUCAGAUUCCUAUUUGGGCGUUCCACCGGGAUCCCAAGUAUUUCCCUGACCCCGAGAAAUUCGAUCCUGACAGGUUCUCAGAAGAAAACAAACAUAAAAUUGACCCCUUCAGUUAUAUGCCAUUCGGUGUCGGUCCCAGAAAUUGUAUUGGUUCAAGAUUCGCGCUGUGUGAGCUUAAGGUUGCUCUAUAUCAGUUGCUGCAACAUAUAGAGGUGUCAACGUGCGCCCGGACGCCAGUGCCAGCCCGCCUGCAACCCGAUAGCUUCCAAGUGAGGCUGGCCGGGGGACACUGGCUGAGGUUGAAGCCUCGAAACUGAUUCAUUUAG